AGCUGACUGUCAUUGUUGUUCACUAUCAGCAGUCCUCUCCGGCGAUUUUGCUACCUGUUUCUGCAAAACGCACGAAUGCGCUAUACCUCUCCAGGCACAGCCAAAUGGACCGGGCUGACUUGACUUGAUUAUAUGUAAAAGGCACUUAAAUCAAUUAGCUAUGUGUUACAUUAUGCGCUGCCGCAGGUUAUUACUUUUGCGUUUUUUUAGGAGGUAGCAGAGUAUUGCAUGCCAACAUGGAUUGUCUUUUUCUUUUGAUAUGGACAUUGCCAAUCCCACUUGUCAGCUGCACAUCAGUAAAGCUCCUGUCCAAUCUGUGGUUCUGGAACACUUUGAAGACGCUGCAUAUCUACUGCUCACAUUCCAUUUACUCUGUUUCCACUUUUGCCAGUGAUACCAGUGGACUAAAUCACGAUUACAUGUUUGUGACUCCCAUUGAAGUGGAUGCUCAUGGUGGGUAUGUGUCGCACGACGUUCUUCGGCGAGGCCGGAAUAAGAGGUCCCUGCUGUCCAUGGGGGGCCCUGUACAUUACAGACUGUCAGCCUUUGGGAGGGACAUGCACCUGGAAUUACAACCUUCCAUGGUAGUUGCAGAGGGAUUCACAGUUCAGGUGCUGGGGUCAAAGGGCAUCACCACGGUGGCUCAGGAGCACGCCCAUCAGGACUGCUUGUAUCAGGGAUUUAUACGCAACCUCACAGCUUCCUCUGCAGCCAUAUCUACAUGCUCUGGUCUGUCAGGUCUGAUCCGGGUGUCUGACGACGAGUUCUUCAUCGCCCCCCUGCCGCUGCACCUGGCCGUGCGCCACAACUACAGCACGCCGAGCGGACACCACCCGCACGUGGUCUACAAGCGCUCGGCCGAACGCGAAGUCCACGGUGGCCGGGACCCGAACCGCAGCUCCCAACCUGACGGGCCACAGGUUCUGCACCAGCACCGCCACGACUACCAGCACGGGAAGCUUCAAAGACAGCACUUCUGUGGACGCCGCAAGCAAUACACUCCCAAGCCCCCUGCAGAGGAUCCUCUUGUCAUGUCUGAUGAGUUUGAACUGCCAGGCAGGGCGAAGCGAUCACCCAUCACCUCCAACAAAGUGGGGGGCCUGAAUGUGGAAACUCUGGUGGUGGCAGACAGGAAGAUGCUGGAGAAGCACGGCAGAGAGAACGUCACAACAUACGUCCUCACCGUUAUGAACAUGGUCUCUAGCCUUUUCAAAGACGGCACCAUCGGGACUGAUAUCAACAUCGUGGUGGUCAGCCUUCUCCUUCUAGAGCAAGAUCCACUCGGCCUGUCCAUCAACCACCACGCCGACCAGUCCCUAAACAGCUUCUGCCAGUGGCAGUCAGGACUGAUGGGGAAGAACGGGAAGCGCCACGACCAUGCCGUUCUUCUCACCGGCCUGGACAUAUGCUCCUGGAAGAACGAGCCCUGUGACACCCUGGGUUUUGCUCCUAUCAGUGGAAUGUGUAGUAAAUACCGCAGUUGUACUAUCAAUGAAGACACAGGACUGGGGUUGGCCUUCACCAUCGCUCACGAAUCAGGCCACAAUUUUGGCAUGAUCCAUGACGGAGAGGGGAACCCCUGUCAAAAAGCUGAAGGGAACAUCAUGUCUCCGACCCUGGCAGGAAACAAUGGGGUCUUCUCCUGGUCCGCCUGCAGUCGCCAAUACCUCAGUCGCUUCCUUGGAACAGCUCAAGCAUCGUGUCUGGUUGAUGAGCCCAGGCAGAUGGGACAGUAUAAGUACCCAGAGAAGCUCCCAGGUCAGCUCUAUGAUGCCGACACACAGUGCAAGUGGCAGUUUGGCUCCAAGGCUAAACUGUGCAGCCUGGACUUCGUCAAGGACAUCUGUAAGUCACUGUGGUGCCAUAAGACAGGCCAUCGGUGUGAGACCAAGUUCAUGCCCGCUGCCGAGGGCACUAGCUGUGGGCUUGCCAUGUGGUGUCGGCGAGGCCAGUGUGUCAAGCACGGCGAGCACGGUCCGAGGGCCGUCCAUGGCCAGUGGUCUGGGUGGUCCGAGUGGUCCGACUGUUCCCGGACCUGCGGGGGAGGGGUGAUGUCCAGGGAGCGGUCCUGCACCAGCCCCAGGCCACAACACAACGGGAAGUUCUGCCCGGGUUCCAGCCGUCUCAACCAGCUGUGUAACACCAAGCCAUGCCAGCCGAGUGCAGUGGACUUCCGUGCCCAGCAGUGUGCCGAGUACAACAGCAAACCCUUCAGGGGCUGGUAUUACAAAUGGAAACCCUACACCAAGGUGGAAGAUGAGGAUAUAUGCAAGCUGUACUGCAUCGCUGAGGACUUUGACUUCUUCUUUGCCAUGUCCAGCAAAGUCAAGGAUGGGACGUCCUGCUCCGACCACAGACGGGACGUGUGCAUCGAAGGAGCCUGUGAGCCAGUUGGUUGUGACCAGCAGUUGGGUUCUAAGGCGACUCUGGAUGCCUGCGGAGUUUGUAAAGGGGACAACUCCACCUGCAAGUUCUUCAAAGGCCAGUACGUCCUCCAGCACAGAGCUAACGAGUACUACCCCAUGGUCACCAUCCCGCCUGGAGCACGGAGCAUCCGUGUUCAGGAGAUGGAGAUCUCCACCAGCUACCUGGCCGUGCGGUCUCUGAAGCGGAAGUACUAUCUGACAGGGGACUGGACAGUGGACUGGCCCGGAAAGUUCCAGUUUGGCGGGACGGUAUUUGACUAUCAGCGCUCUUUCAACCGCCCAGAGAGCCUAUACGCGGCUGGACCCACUAAUGAGACCCUGGUCUUUGAAAUUCUCCUGCAGGGGAGGAACCCAGGUGUGGUGUGGGAGUACACCUUGCCCCGCAGCGAGAGGAAACCCAACUAUACGUGGGGUGUGGUUCGCUCCGACUGCUCUGCCCCCUGUGCUGGAGGUCGUAUUUCGACAAAAGCCAUCUGUUUACAAGAUCAGCGGACCCAAGUCAACUCAACUCAGUGCAACCCUCAGACCAGACCAGUCCUAGGCUCUCACCUGUGCAACACACAGCCCUGUCCAGCCUACUGGACGACGGGUGACUGGGGCCCCUGCAGUCGGUCCUGUGGCGGCGGGCAGCAGACGCGUCACAUACAGUGCUUGCGUAAGGUGACGUACCAGCGGGAGGAGGUGGUGGCCCACUCCCUGUGCCCCGUCAUCGCUCCGGCCCAGGUGCAGCCCUGCCAGACCCAGGCGUGCCCGCCCGAGUGGAGCUCCGGGACCUGGUCCCAGUGUUCCAAGUCGUGUGGGCGCGGGAUGAGGAAACGCGGCGUCUUCUGCAGAAGCGCCGACCCGGGGUCCAAGGCCGUGGUCGUCCCGGACAGUAUGUGCAAGGCGCACCACAGACCUAAGGCCCAGGAGACCUGCGUCCUCCGCCGCUGCCCCAAGAACGACCGGAUGCAGUGGGUCGCGACGGCCUGGGGCGAGUGCUCUGCGUCCUGUGACUCAGGUGUCAGAAGGAGAGAGCUGCGCUGUGGGGAGAGGGAUUUACACGGGGGCUACACUGAGUUCCCGAUGAGGAGGUGCAGGAACCUCCCGAAACCCACCGUGGAGCUCCAGCAGACAUGCAGCAGGGGGCCGUGCCCAGAGCCUCGACCCGUAGUCCCGGGAAGGACAACCAGUGCUGUGGUCCUGGGCUGGUAUUCUUCUCCUUGGCAGCAGUGUUCCGUGUCCUGUGGGGGAGGAGUACAGUCCCGUUCUAUCCAGUGUCUGAGGCAGGGACGUCCUGCCACUGGAUGCCUGGCCCACCAGAGACCCAUCAGCUCCCGGGCCUGCAACACACAUUUCUGUCCUGCUCCUCCUCCUCAUCCCGCUCCUCCCGCUCCUCCUGCUCCUCCAGUUCCCCCUGCUCAUGUUCCUGCUACGACACACAAAGAUGAGCAGUCAUGUGUCGACUUCUUCAGCUGGUGUCACCUGGUACCUCAACAUGGCGUGUGCAACCACAAGUUCUACGGACAGCAGUGCUGCAAGUCCUGCAACGGCAAAAAGCAGUAAAAGUAGAGGACUCAUUCUCCCAUGAGCCUCUGGCUGCACGAUUCAGAGGGGAACUGCAUAAAUGCGUCACAGCUCCACAGGACACUGUGGUUCAGUAUAUAUUGGGCCAUUAUGCACAAGGGAACUGAGGCACAGUCUUUUUUUUUU